AUGCCGUCGAGGCGCCGCACCCAUCGUCGCCCGCCUGCCAUUCCCGGCGGUGGUGCGAGGGAGAGAGAGGGAUGCUGCUGGCACGUGAGCUCCGCGCUCCGCACCCACCGCGCGCGCAGGCGGCCGACGGCAAAGGCUGCGCUGCGACGCACCGCCACGGCGAGCGCGAAUGCUUGCACGCCGCCGCCGCGUCGCCCCAAACACUCGACGCUCGUCGCACGCACGCGGGCGAGGCACCGCGGAUGGGUGAGCGGCAUGCCUCGUGCGCACUCGCCGGCCAUGCAUGCACCUGCACCCGCUCAUUCCGCUCCUUGGCACAGGCCCCUCGGUGACGCCCUGCACGCCGCCGCCGUCGCGAGUAAGGGGCCGAGGGAGGCGAGAAGCCACAUUCCACGCCCUCGUCAUGCCCCGACCUGCUCGCCGCCCACGACCCGCUGGUUCGUUCGGCUGCGGCGACUCGCGCACCUCGCCCUCUUCGCCGCGCAGCGCUGCCCCCCCCGCGACGGGACCGGACGAUGCCGAGACGACGCCGCGAACUCGUCGUCCGACCACGACGGCGACGGAUCUCGAGCGGAGCGGACCAGACCGGCGCCGGCACCGACGAGGAAGACGAAAGCCAUGGCGCCUUUGCAGGUGGUGCGGUGUGCCGGUGUGCCGGUGUGCCGUACUCGUCCGCACUCCUGCGCGGGGCGUUGUUGUGUACUUGUGUCGCUCAAGUGCUGA